UCAAAAGUCACCAAAGAGUAUACAAUCUUGGCAGCCUUCAUUCGAAAGACCACCUUCCUGGACAAGGUACGAACAUAACAACCGAUGUUUUGAUUGGAUGUGAAAUUCAUGUUGUUUGCCAAAGAUAACGAACUAACGAUUGAUUCUAGAUAUCACAAAGGACGAGGUACAUGUAAGAACCAGGUCACCGUUAGUAACCAAAACACAGGAAUCCCUGAUCCGCCAGAUACUUCAUACAACAUUCCAAGAACGCGAAAAUCACACAGGACUUGUUUUUUCUCGAAUUACACUUCUUGUGAUACUGCAGAGUAUCAAUCAAUUAAAAGAAAUUAGAAUCGACUUUGCCUCAGGAUGAAAUCCGGUACUGCCAGCAGGCAUAGCGAAAUAACUGACAGCCGUUUCCUUUGAAAUUGAGAUCCGAUUGAUAAGAUUCUGUUGUACUGGAAGGUAUCCGAAAAUAAAUGCGUAGCGAGGAAUGGCCAUUGGAGAUAUUCAAUAAACUGAAAUUAAUGUGCACUUCUAAAAGGAAAAUUAUACUUUUAGAUAUCACAAAAGGAUUAUUGGCGAGUUGAUGUAUUUAGGUUGAAGUGUGUGUAGAAAGAUGACGUUUUCACUAUAGUUGGAUUAUAGUCUUCAAUUCGGCAUUUAAAGUCGUGUGACUUUCACCUGCAUUCAUAGUGGUAUCAGAGUCUGUGUAAGGAAUACCUGUACAUAUAGUUUGGAUUGGUUUGACUCAGACAGUGUGGGAAAGACAAAUCAGGAGCCAAUUUUGAACUCAUUUUUGAUUCACAGUGAUCUCGCAAAUCAUAAACUUGGAAUUGUCACAGUCAGAAUAUAAGGUUAGUCAUGAAUCUUACAGUUAAUACAAAACUCAUGAUGGUCAUGAUGAAUACAACGGUCACCAUGAGUACAGGUACAGAGGACAACAGAGGAAACUCAGUCACCAAACCAUUCGAUAUAUUUAUAUUGUUAGUGAUAUGUGUCUCUGGAGUGAUAGGGAACAUCUUGAUCCUUGGUGCCAUCCAAGUGGAAAAGGCCUUAAAGCACAACACUGCAAAUGCCUUCGUCUGUAGCCUGGCUGUCUGUGAUUUCAUAAUAACGGCGUAUAUUGUGCCAUUUUUGCUGGCAAAUGUUAUCCAGGGGCGUGAUGUUUUGGAAGACGUGUCCAUCAUGUGUACGAUUAAUAGUUUGCUUGUUAUGGUCACCUGCGGGUUGUCCAUUUAUUCUAUGGCAAUGAUAGCGCUGAAUCGCUACUUGUUUAUCUGCUGGCAUACCAAAGCACGUUCCAUUUACACCUGGAGGAAUACGACAAUAAUGGUGGUACUGUUGUGGGUUCUCAUACCACCCCUACCUCUAGUGCCAACGCUAGCUGGCUGGGGAAAACAACAAUUCAACCAAAAGACACUGUACUGUCUCUUCGACCAUUUGAACGUUGGUUACACAAUUUAUUUACUAGUGUUGGGCAUUUAUAUCCCAACUAUAGCUGCUGCUAUAUGCUAUUUCAAAGUAUACCGUAAAAUCCGAGCGAUUUCGAUAAAGAUGCAAAACCAUCGAACUGAGACAAAUAAUGCCGCUUCCCGUCGAACUCGUGAAACACGGGUAAUUCUAAUGCUGUUCACAUCCCUGAUGUGUUUCCUUCUUUUCUGGGCCCCAUAUGGCAUUUCUGCCUUUGCCGACAUCGGCGGACACACCAACAGAUAUGUACUCAAAUACUCUGCUUGGUUAGCGCUGAGCAAUUCUUGCCUCAAUACUGUAAUCUACGGCGCAAUGAACAAGAACUUUCGGAGUGGAUACAAAAAGAUUCUCUGUUUCUGGCGGAAGCAUGAUGCAGUGGACAAUACUUCGUCUAAUUCCAUGAACAAUGGUACCCAAAGGAAUAUGCAAAGUGAUCAAACACAAUCAAAACUUACUGCGACUGUCGAAACGAAAGCUUAGAAGAAUUAUCCGUAGCUGUUAACCGUGAAAUUUAGGCGAAGAAAAAAGUUGAUGUAUAAGUGCAUCUUUUUGGAUGUAAUACUAGCUUAGAAGUUUCAGACCAGGUACUAGAAAUGUUGUAAUCUCAGAUGUUUUAAUCUAAGCUGUCCGGUGCCUAACCAAAUUAUGUACCACAAUUUAACACCGAGCCAACAUGGACCAUGAUUUCACCCCUUAUUUAUCUAUUUUUUUAUCAUUUGUGUC